UGACGCUGUGACGUACCCAACGGUCCGGGUGGGCGGGGCUCGAAAACAAAAAAAACCCUAAAUAAAGGAUCGUGCAGAAAUUUACUCCAAAAUAUUUCACUUUUUCUCGACAAAUAAAAGGUAAAACUCGUGUAAUGCCGAUUCGCCGAGCAGCAGCAGUGACUCCAACCCAGGAGAAGGCCCCCUCCACCGCAGCAGAGAAAGAGCCUGAGGCCUCCUCAAAAGAGUCUCCUUCUGCUGAUGCGGAGCAGGCUGCAUCUUCAGCUGCCACAGCUGAGGCCGGGGACAGCAAUGCCACAGGUGAUGGGGAGCCCACAGAGAACGGGGAGAAGACCGAACAGGAGGCUGCAGUAGAGAAGGGAGGCCAGGGGGUGAAGAAGAAAGAUGACAAAUGCAAGGACUGCGCGGCUGGACAGUGCGCAACACACUGCUAUGUUCUCCUACUAAGGUUGAAGGAUGGCUACAAGUAUGAGAAAUCCAAAGGCAAGAAAGUGAAAAGGACGAUUCCUGCGUGGGCUAGUGUCACUUCCAGCAAAAAGCUUCCCAUUACCAACUUUGCGGGCACUCAGAACAAAGUGGAUAAUGUCCUCAUUGAAGCUAUUACGUCUUGUAACAACAGGUCGGGGGUUUCAUACCAGUCUGUCAUGAAAUACAUUGUGAAAAACUACCCAGGGCUGGAGCUUGACAAGAAGAAGUUUCUCAUCAAGAAAGCAAUGAAGAAACAUUUGGAGAAGGGUACCAUCAAACAGCUGAAGGGUAAAGGCCUUUCAGGAACUUUCAUUAUCGGGAAGCUGUCCCCCUCAUCUAAGAAAUCCGCUCAGAAGCAGGAGUCCCUGGGAGAUGCUCUUCCUCUCAUCAUCACUCGGCUCUGUGAGCCCAAAGAAGCCUCCUACGGUCUGAUAAAGAAAUACCUUGAGCAGCACUUCCCCAGCCUCAACAUUGAGACCAGGCCAAACAUCCUAAAGGCAGCUUUGGUGAAGGCAGUAGAGAAAGGACAGCUGGACCAAAUCACCGGGAAAGGAGCCAAUGGGACUUUCCAGCUGAAGCGUACUGGGAACCAGGUCCUGAUGAUUUUUACAGCUGCGAUCACAGCCAUGAAUGAGCCUAAAACCUGCAGCACCACCACUCUACGCAAAUACCUGUUAGACGCCAACAAGGACACAAAAGAGUACCAGUUAGUGGCCAAACUGAGGAGGACCCUGACCAAGUGUAAAGUGCUCGGGUGGAUGGAGCAGAUCACUGGCCACGGCUUCACGGGGACCUACCAGCUCUCGUUCCCUUUCUACCCGAGUCCCACCAUCCUAUAUCCAGACAAGUUCAAAGAGCUUCCAAAGAAAAAUGCUCCACCCAAGAGGAGGCAGACGGUUGAAUCAUCUGAGGAGGAAGAGGAAGAAUCAGAAGAUGAGGAAGAGUCUGAGGAUGAAGCUCCCUCCCCUAAGAGGAAAUCACAGAAAAGGCCUCCGCCCAAGGCUCGUCGUCCUCCACCAAACAAAAAAUCCCGGAGUGCUAGUCAAUUAAAAGCUAAAGGCAGGGGACGCGCCCUUACAAAGAAGUCUCCAGCCAAGAAAGCAGUGUCUUCAGCCAAGAAAGUGGGAAGCAAACAGUCGGCCCCUAAGAAGGAAUCCACACCACCAUCUAAAGCCACGCCUGUCAAGAGAGGAGCUCCUGCAAAAAAGCCCAAAACGCCAGCGGUUAAAAAGCUGACCAAAAGGGGGUCCAAACAGCCUGCGUCCAGAGAGUCAGUCCCUGAGGAGGCUGCAGUCACAAAGGAGACAACAAAGAGUGGGUCCAAGCGAUCUAAGCCUGAGGAAUUGUCCCCUGAGGAGCCUGCAGUUAAAAAGCUGGCAACCAAAGGUGGGUCUAGGCGGCCUGAGCCUCAAGAGUCAUCCCCUGUAGUCAAAAGAGGGUUGAAGAGCAGCAAGCACUCCACUCGUAAAUCAAAGAGAGGCAAGUAGAGAGCCUGCGAACACUUUCCACGAACUGGGUCGCUCUGAACAUGCAGCAGUCUGUCGCUUUGCUUCAGUGCUCUCUUAUCAUUUUCUCCCUUUUUAAUGGGGCAGUAGUUUGUUUUGUUUUUUUUAAUUUGUAUUGUAGAAUAACAACUGUUAAGUUUACUGUACAUGGAGAGUUUCUGAUUUUCCUUUUUAUCACCAUGUGUAGAAAUCUUAGUGUUGCCGUUAAAAAUGAUGGGUGACCUGCUCGGGAAAGCAUAGCAAAAUCUGACAUACUGCAACUAGAACCAUUUAGUGACUUGUUUUUAUAUCUCUUCCUCAUUUGCUUUGUAGGUAGGUAUUGGCCGCACAAGUUCCUAAUAUCACGUGAAGUGAGUUAUCAGUAUUCUGAGAGGCUGGAAUGAAAGACUGUUAAGUUCAGUUGUAGGUUGAGCUGUCACUACAAGACAGGUUUUAAAGCUGUUGUCCCAUUUCCUGGGAUAAAUAGUAUUCUGGCCAAGCAGCAUUUCAUCAGGCUGAAGGUUAGUACUAGUUAGCACUAGUACAAGUCACACUGUUGAGGGGGGGGG